CCUCCUACCGAAGAACCUCAUGUCGAGACGUUCUCUGCACCCUCGAAACCAAGGCUAUAUUAUACAAGACCUCCUCUUAAGGCUGACCUUCCUCACGUUCAGAAACGUUGGCCGUUCAUUCUUGCAUUCGCCACGCUCGGGGUUUCCGCUUGGACUGCAUUUUUACUCUUCGCAACGAACCAAGAGAAGCUAUCGAGCUCUGUUGUAAAGCGAAUAAUGCAGACGGUUAGGGAUAAUGAAGAACUGAAGGAGACGCUGGGAGAUGCGAUCCGACCUGAACCUGUUUGGUACUUGAAUGGUGACCCCUGGAUAAAUGGCUCGAUCAAUCUUCCACAAGGCAAUGUGGAUCUAAGUUUCCGUCUAAAGGGCCAUCUUGGCUCCGGCACUCUUUAUUUUACGAGUAUUCGGAAAGCCAAAGGACAGCCGUUCACUCCGCUGAGGUUCCGCGUCAUCGGGGAUGAUAAGAAAGUUGUGAAUUUAUCCUCUCAGACU